GGAGUGGCCGUUACACCUCGGGUGUGCAUUAUUUUUCUAAUAAUUCAACGGACCGAAGUCAAUUAUUCCGUUUAUACUACGGUUGCCACACCUCAAGACAUCGAUCAGAUGAUAUAUUUCAAGGCAUUCGUCCGGUAUUUCUACUUAAAUCGCUAUUGUGUUUACUGCACACGGUUCAAUGUCAGUCUGCCAGAGAAGAUUGAAGCUCUCAGUGGAUCCUGUGUGAUCAUAAACUGCACUUUUGAGAUUGAUAAACAAUAUGACCAAUACCUCACUGAGAGUGAUGCUACAGGAUUAUGGCUCAAAGAUAAAAUGUAUGCGAUUGACAAUCAAGUAUUUAACUCCAGAGAUCCCAAACCUGGUCACUUCAGUGGGAAUAUAACUGGAAAACUACACGAGAAGAACUGCACCACUAUCUUUUAUGAUGUUAGUUCGAAUCACAGUGGUGUAUAUUACUUCAGGAUCAUGAGUGGCAGGCUGAAAUACACCUACGGACAACCCUUCUCCACUAUAGAUGUCAUCAAGUCUCCUCCCAAACCCAGAGUGUAUGUGGCGCAGGAUCAGGAGGAGGUGUUGGAGGGGAGCUCUGUGAGUCUGCGCUGCUCUGCUGAGACUCUCUGCUCCUCUCCUCCAGCAACUCUCACAUGGAGCUCCACUCCCAGAAUCCCCCUCAGUGAGAGCAGCAGACUACAGGAGCUCAUCUCUGAUCUGAACUUCACUGCUACUCACCGUGAGCAUGGAGUCACUUUCACCUGCACUAUAACCUACCAGCUACAGGACAAGAACAAAACAGCACAGGACAGCAUCACAGUACAUGUUCAGUAUGCACCUAAAAUCUCUUCCUCCUCCAGCUGUAGCAGAACUAAUGUAACUGUGUGUUUCUGUGAGGCUGAUGGGAAUCCCUCUCCUGAACUGGAGUGGCAUCUGUCUGGACGUCCUGUCACUAACUCUUCAAACACGUUCAUCAGUGAAGAGCGAUUGAGCAGCACAGGCUUGAGGAGCUCCAUCACUCUACAUCAGUCUCUCACACACACAUCCACUCUGCAGUGUGUCAGUAACAACACUCGAGGCACUGCAAGAAAACUGCUUCAGCUGCCUUCAUCUCUUGCACGUUUGAAUUUUUCUCAGCUGUUUGGAGUUGCUGUUGUGGCUCUGGUGGUCGUGUUUUUGUGUACUGUUACAUGUAUCUGUGUACGAUGGUCGACUAAGCUGCAGGCUCAGAAUGAGGCAGCAGGCACAUAUGCUUCUCUUCAGCUCUCUGCUCCACCCUCUGAAUAUGAGACUUUGAACAUUAAGAGAGGUGACACACAAUAAACAACAAACACAUCUGAUCUCCUCCUUUGUCUUCUUCAGUCAGCUGGACUUUCAGGAUUUUAGAAAUGCACAUUUCCAAUAUGAAAGACAUCAUUUCACAUGGAUCUCAUGUCUGACACAUAAAAAAAAGCUUGAAGAAGACCAAGAAUUACUGGCAGCUAAAUAUGAAUGUGAUUAGUUUGCAGAUUAGAUUAGACUCAAAUCUGUUUUGUUGUUUGAAUAAGACAAUUAUUGUAACAUUCAUACACGUUUGCUAUUGGCUGGAUCUAGAAAAUUGUAAUUAAAAAAUUAUAUAUUAUGGUUUUAUUUGAUUAAAAAAAAACAUUUUGUAUAUCAUUCUAGUUAUUGUUUAUAACUUUUUGUUUUAU